CCUUGGCGUCCUUCACAGUUACUGCAGGUGUAGUAGAGGAUGCAGGUAUUUAUGCAGGUAGUGGGUAUCGAUAAGACCGCUAAGUACCUUUACCCUGCUGCAACUUGCCGCAGUGAGGCAUAUCCCCAGCCAUGAUAGGUAUCUUAUCUUUGAGGGUACCUGGCUGGUACCCCUCCUUCCCCCCGCAGCAACGGCCAAAGGGUCCCAACCGUAAUUCACCCUUCGUUUACCGACAACAGCUCUGACCGAGGGAUCAUUUCCGCCUUACUCAUCCUCAUCCCAGACCUCACUCAAUACCUGUCAUCUGCUGUCCCAAUAGACACCGCCAUGUCAGAUUGAUCGACUAUUUCCUACGAUUCUACAAUAGACUUACCUUCAUGCCGCCCUAGAAAUCCACCACAAGUCCGGCUCUUGCGCCGUCAUUGUGUGCCUCCAUCCAUCCAUCCACCCAUCCCUACGCCCAUCCCUCCACACACCGUGACUCUUAAUCGCAUCCUGUCCCAUCCCUAUGAAUACAGGAGAAAGAUCACGCCGUGUCAUAUGAAUCGUCUCGGAGAAUCGGCGCAUAUUACCCUCGAUCAACCGGUACCAUGUCCCCCGAUCAUAUAAGUGCCCACGCCGACACAGCCAUCGCGCCUGGUGAUGAUACCGAGCAUUACGAGGGCCAUCCUCGACCACGCGCCAUGACAAAUACCGCCGAGAUUGAUAGCACAAUAUCCCAUCCAGGUUCUGUGCGCAUCAAUGUCAAGGGCGCUUUCAUCGUCGACGGCACCGAGCAGCCCGCCACACCCGCCAAUGGUAAUUCAACUGCCAACGGGAGCUAUCACGAGGGCAAGGACAUCAGGUUACCUAACCAUACAGCUGUUGUCAGCCAUGUAGCCGUCGAUAUCGGCGGAUCCUUGGCUAAGCUGGUCUACUUUUCUCGUGAAGCGCAUUCGAAAGAGCCCGGGGGAAGGCUGAACUUCCACUCCUUUGAGACCGAUUAUAUCGAUGAUUGUAUAGAGUUCAUGCGACACCUCAAAGACAACCAAUUAGCUCUUAAUGGCUCCAAACCGAAAGACUUAUGUAUCAUGGCGACCGGCGGUGGCGCAUUCAAAUAUCAUGACAAGAUAAAGAAGGCACUUGGUGUUGAUGUUCUGCGCGAAGACGAAAUGGCAUGCCUGAUAAUAGGACUUGACUUCUUCAUAACUGAAAUACCUCGCGAGGUCUUUACUUAUUCAGAGACUGAACCUAUGCAGUUUGUAGAACCCCAAGCCGAUAUUUACCCCUAUAUGCUCGUCAACAUUGGAUCUGGUGUCAGCAUACUCAAGGUGUCCGGCCCGAGGAAAUACGAACGCGUUGGCGGUACUUCUCUCGGCGGUGGCACAUUAUGGGGUUUAUUGUCUCUCCUCACACCCGCCAACAGCUUCGAUGACAUGCUCGACAUGGCGGCCCAAGGUGAUAACGCCAAAGUCGAUAUGCUGGUUGGGGACAUAUAUGGCACGGACUACAACAAGAUUGGGCUCAAGAGCACCGCUAUCGCUAGCUCUUUUGGAAAGGUAUUUCGAAUGAAGCGAGAGGCCGAGAAUGAGGCCGAGAACAACACCACCGCCAUACAAGACCAACCGCAACCCGAUCACGAAGUACAUGCGCCGUCGAAUAAUGACACUACCUCGUCACAGUCGAGAGGCCCGACCGAUACGUCAUCCCGAUUCUCUGCGUCCGACGUCUCACGAUCGCUGCUCUAUGCCAUCAGUAAUAAUAUCGGACAAAUCGCAUACCUACAUUCCCACAUCCACGGCUUGUCACAUAUCUACUUCGGUGGGUCGUUCAUCCGCGGCCACCCGCAGACUAUGAAUACACUCAGCUAUGCCAUCAAAUUCUGGAGUAAAGGCCAGAAACAGGCGUACUUCUUACGCCACGAGGGCUACCUCGGCGCCGUUGGCGCGUUCCUCAACCGACAGCCUCAGAACUGGGGGCGCAGGGGUAGCUUCGAGGGAGACGGGGCUGCCCUUGAGGAUCGUUUGCGGGCUCGCACGAAUGAACAGUGAGGAACCGUCGCGAAGGCAAACGGAAGACAGCCCUUUUGAUUGUAUACCGAGCUAGACAAAAUCGGAGAUUCUGGGGGUUAGGGGUGUCGGCUUAGGCGCUGAACGUUGUUUGUAGACUGAUGGAUGCCUUCCUUUUUUUGAUGUACCUAUCUAUAUUGUUUGGCAUGGCGAUGAGCAGGCGCCGCGAAAGCGUUCUUGCGGUGAUGAGACUUAGAUCUGAUGAUUUCUGGAUAUAUGCGCUGGAUGGGGGAUACCUUAACUUUGACACCUAUCAAACCUCCCAACUACAUAUCUAGAUAAAUACCCCGAAAUUGAGCUUUAUCGACGAAAUCAUAGUUUUGGACAUUACGUGCUUGUCUUAUCAAUGGGAUACUUUGUUGCACACGAUUCUGGUGGUCCUUAUCCAGGCUACGAGGUAGUUCCCAUCACGAUGAACGCGACUACGUAAGUUUGAUUUU